AUGUCGUACGAUCUUGCAGCAGCCGAGAGUCCAGCAUACGCUCCAUUUUUUGGGUACAUGGGAGCCGCAUCGGCGCAGAUCUUCACCGUCAUGGGAGCUGCAUAUGGUACAGCAAAAUCGGCCGUCGGCAUCUGUUCGAUGGGUGUGAUGCGACCCGAGCUUAUAAUGAAGUCUGUAAUUCCGGUUAUUAUGGCUGGUAUCAUUGGUAUCUAUGGUUUGGUUGUUGCUAUGGUACUGAAAGGAAAGGUCACAGCAUCAAGUGAGGGCUAUAAUCUCAAUAAAGGUUUUGCCCACUUGGCAGCAGGACUUACGUGCGGCCUAUGCGGUCUCGGAGCCGGAUACGCCAUUGGAAUUGUGGGAGAUGCUGGUGUUCGUGGAACAGCGCAGCAGCCUCGUCUAUUCGUCGGAAUGAUUCUCAUUCUUAUUUUUUCUGAAGUGCUUGGACUCUACGGCAUGAUUGUCGCCCUGAUCCUCGGAACAUCGUAA